AUGGCCAAAACGACACGGUGUUCUACUCUCCCUUUCCUCCUCAUAUUCGCUCCCGUCAUCUUUCAACUCUUAGCCGUGACUUCGGCCAUUGGUAUCAACUACGGAACACUAGGGAAGCUUCAACCGCCGCAACAAGUGGUUGACUUCAUCAGGACAAAUACAAAUUUUGACAGUGUCAAGAUCUAUGAUGCGAAUCCCAACAUCCUCCGACCCCUAGCGGGCAGUAACAUCAACGUCACCAUUAUGGUCCCCAAUGGUAACAUUCCUGCGAUGGUCAACGUUGCAAAUGCUCGUCAAUGGGUCGCUGCCAAUGUCUUGCCGUUUCAUAAGCAGAUCAAGUUCAAAUACCUUUGUGUCGGAAACGAGAUUUUUGCUAGUAAUGACAAUAACUUGAUAUCAAAUCUUGUGCCAGCCAUGCAAAGUCUUAACAAAGCUUUGAAAGCUUCCGGUCUCGAAUAUAUUAAGGUGACAACUCCACAUGCAUAUAAUAUAUCUCUUAACCAUAAUGCACCAAGCCAGAGCAGAUUUCGUGAAGAUGUAAAAGAUUUUUUUACAAAGAUCUUGGAGUUCCAUCGUCAAGCUAAGUCCCCGUUCAUGUUCAACCCCUACCCUUUUUUCACAAUGGACCCGAACAAUGUCAAUUACGCAAUAUUUGGUCCAGCAAAUGCAGUAACGGAUACCAAUACGAAACACACAUACAACAACUUGUUUGACGCAAUGAUGGAUGCAAUAAUUUCUACUAUGAAUGCUCUUGGUUAUGGGGACGUAGAUAUGGCUAUAGGAGAGACCGGUUGGCCUACCGCAUGUGACGCUCCAUGGUGCUCACCUCAAAACGCUGCACGGUACAACCACAAUAUCAUCAAACGUGCAAAUGUUAUAGGGACACCGCUUAUGCCCAACCGCCACGUCGAUAUCUUCAUAUUCGCAUUGUUCAAUGAAGAUGGGAAACCUGGUCCAACCUGUGAGAGAAAUUGGGGGAUUUUCAAACCGGAUUUUACUCCGGUUUAUGAUGUUGGAGUCCUAAAAAGCGGUCAAAGCCCACGGAGCUCACCGAGCCCACGGACCUCACCGAGCCCACGGACCUCACCGAGCCCAUCGAGCUCACCGAGCCCAUGGAGCUCACCGAGCCCAUCGAGCCCACCGAGCCACAAUGGAAAAUGGUGUGUGGCAAAACAAGAAGCGACGGACGAACAACUACAAGCGAAUAUAGAUUGGGUGUGCAGCCAAGGUAUCGAUUGUAAGCCAAUCUCACUAGAUGGCGUAUGUUUUGAUAAUAACAACAUGAAGAGUCGAGCCUCGUACGUUAUGAACGCAUAUUACCAAAGCAAUAAACGCACUGAUGAUGCUUGUAACUUUAGUGGUACCGGCAUGGUCACUACUACAAACCCAAGCACUAGCACAUGCAAUAUACCAACAGAGGACACACCAGGCAAGAGCGGAAAAUGGUGUAUGGCUAAAGAAGAAGCGACAGAUGAACAACUACAAGCGAAUAUAGAUUGGGUGUGCAGCCAAGGUUAUGAUUGUCAUCCAAUAUCACCUGGUGGCAUAUGUUUUGAUAACAACAACAUGAAGACUCGAUCCACUUUCGUAAUGAACGCUUAUUACGAGAGUAAAGGAUACACAGAAGACGCUUGUGAUUUCAAGGGUAGUGGUAUCGUCACUACUACAAGCCCAAGCACUAGCACAUGCACUAUACCAGCAGGGAACGCACAAAGCAAGAGCGGGAAAUGGUGUAUGGCUAAAGAAGAAGCGACAGACGAACAACUACAAGCGAAUAUAGAUUGGGUGUGCAGCCAAGGUAUUGAUUGUAAGCCAAUCUCACCUGGUGGCAUAUGUUUCGACAACAACAAGAUGUGGAGUCGAUCCUCGUAUGUUAUGAACGCUUAUUACGAGAGCAAAGGAUACACAGAAGACGCUUGUGAUUUCAAUGGUAGUGGUAUCGUCUCUACUAUAAACCCGAGCACUCCCACAUGCACUUUUAGUUCCGGUGCACCAGCAACAUGAAGUAACGCUCUGAAGAAAAAUUUAAUAAAACAACAUCCUUUGAUUUCGAAAUAAGAACAAUCAAUUUUUCUUUGCUCUUCUUUUAUGUACUCGUUUGUAUUUUAUUU